GUUUCUCUGCGCUCAAACUGAGGACUCUGACACAACUACUUCAUCUCACCAGUGUGAGGGUCACCAGGGCUGAUGGGGAAAAGCUGUCCUGCAGGUCUGUACUGGGACACUUUGGUCAAAAGCUGUGUGGACUGUCGAAUGGUGUGUCAGCAUCCACAUGUGGUCAGCAGGUGCAUCAGCCACUGUGUUUCUGCAGAUUGUAAAGCGCUGCCUGGCUUCUACUACGAUCCGCUGCUGAAGACAUGUAUGAGCUGUGCUGAGGUUUGUGGCAGACCUCCAGAACAGUGCACCGGCUACUGCCCCACACAACCGCUUCCUGUGACCACUAAAACGCUCCUGGUUAAAGCGAGCCCACAAACCCCUGGUCCAAUGGGGCUGGUCGGCCUGACGGUGCUGGACUCCGCCCUCCCGCUCUACCUCCUCCUGGCUCUGUGUACUGUCCUGUUGCUGUCCAGUUUGUUUCUGGCUUUAGGAGUCUUUGUGAGGAGAACUACGUCGUCUAAAUCCUCCAAAGCAGAGCCUGAAGUGGACACCAGUAACACAGAGGUAGUGGUCCAACUGGGCCAGGGGGUCAACCAACCAGGAAGAAGCACCAAAGGUUUUGUAAAGAGUUCAAGUCGUCCUCCUGAACACGAGCCCUUGGACGACUCCAGUCCCACUGAGACCUGUGUCUGCGUCCACUGUUUCCCUGAUCUGAAAGCUCUGAGCCAAGGCCACGACCCCACACUGAGAACACCAUUACCCAUCAACCACCAGGGUGUCCUACAGAGAGCCCAGACCCAGAAUGGACCGGCUCUGUGGGCUCAGGAGGACUCCUACUCCUCAGGCAGGAAGGUUCAUGUGGAGGCUGCAGUGGCAUAAACAUUCAGAGUGUUUUACUGUCAUGUGUCCAGUGAAGACACAGGUUCACCUGUACAAUAAAACUCCUCCUGUCAUCCACACUGAAUGUACAGAGAAUAUACGAUGUAUAAAAAUAGGAAAAAAAAAAAGAAUAAUUAUCUAGGAAAUUAAAACAAACAAAACAAAGUGGCAUUUAAGAAUGGCAUG